GCACCCCAUUCGACUCACGAAACACUCGCCACACACUCGCAACACCCACGCCACACAAGCACAAACACUCAACACAUUAACUUUAAAAUAAAAAAUAUUAUUUUUGUUAUUUUAAUUAAAUAAGACUGCUACAAUGAAUCGCAUUGACCUUACCAUGGAUGACAUGGCCAACACCAAGUUCCUUACGCUGUACAGUAGCCUGAUCAAGAACUUGACCACCGCCUCGGGCUUCUCCUCCAACGAGGUGCUCUGCCUGUUGAUCGUGUUCUACAAGUAUGCCCUCAAUAACAACGCCCGGGUGAUGUCCACGUACCAGCUGUACAACUUGUUCCUGGUCACCUUCGGGAUCGUUGACGUGGCCAUCAUCGACCGCAUUUCGAUGAACAUCACGCAGGACGGCCGAUUCGUUACGCCAGAGUCAUGGAUGAGGCUGUUCUCCGUGUUUUUCACCGGAAAUUUGCAUGAACGAAUGAAAUUUGCAUAUAAUGUGUAUACCAGCGCUGGUACAUUGGCAUUAAAUCGUGAGGUGGUCGGCUUGGCUAUUGAAAAAUUCUUCUAUGGCGACGAUGACGACGAGAUCCUCGAACUCCGAGCGGAUAUGUGCGAAUUUCUAUUUCGAAAAUUCGACACGGAUAAGGAUGGCGUUAUAUGUUUUGACGAAUACGCCGAAAUUGUUCAAAGGCAGCCAGGACUAUUGGAGUUUUUAGGUAAAGUCUUUCCCGAUGAAAGUGACAAAACACUAGUCGCCUACUGUCAUAACUUGGAGUCAUGGUUCCCGCCCGGGAAAGAUAUUUAAAUAAAAUGGUAUUCUUUGUAGGAAAACUCGCGUGAAUUUUGAAAUAAUUUACAUUUUUUAACCGGC